CGAUUUUGACUGAUAAUUGAUGCUCUGAAUUGCUGGUGCUGGGAGAAAUCAGGCAACGAGAUUCGAAUAGGCAGCCACAGACAGAACGCGGAGAUUCGUAUUGAAGCUUAAGCGUUCUGUUUAUGGCUUCUCUACCGCCAUGUAAAUGGUCAUUAAACACAACACCCUCUUACUCUCUUUAUACUGUUAAUAAAUCUCCUCCUUCCUCAUUUCGUUUGUGUUCUGUCAAACGACGUCGUGUGAACAUACUCUCUUUGUACGAUUCUUCAUCCUCCUCCUCUGCCUCGUCUUCAUCUUCAUCUUCAUCUUCGAGCUCUAAUUCGGAUUCUGAAUUAACAAAAUCAAUAAAUUUGCGUAAUUCGACUUCGAGAAAACGGGUUGGAUUUGGUAAUGCUGCAAACAACGAGGUCGCUUUCGUCAAUUCCGUUUCCUCGAAGCGGAAUCCAAAUGGAUCUCAAAAGGAGCUACGGACCUUCAUUUUUAAGGCCUUGUUUGGGAGGAAAUCUUCGUGGAGGAGGAUAGUGUUUGCGUCGACGAAAGUCAGGAGCAUCAUUUUGCUCAACGUCAUCUCUGUUGUUUAUGCUAGCAACAUUCCAGUUGUCAAAGAAGUUGAAUCAAUCAUGGAUCCAGCAACCUUCACUGUUGUACGAUUUGCUGUAUCUGCUAUUCCAUUCAUCCCAUUUGUAUUGCAAGCACGAGGCAAUGUUAAAACCCGUAAUGCAGGGAUAGAGUUGGGCUUCUGGGUUAGUUUAGGAUACCUGAUGCAGGCACUUGGAUUGAUGACAUCAGAUGCUGGGCGUGCAUCCUUUAUAUCCAUGUUCACUGUAAUUGUGGUUCCAUUGCUUGAUGGUAUGUUAGGAGCAGUAGUUCCUGCCCGCACCUGGUUUGGAGCUCUCAUGUCCAUCAUAGGAGUUGCAAUGCUGGAAUCCAGUGGAUCUCCUCCUAGAGUUGGAGAUCUCUUGAACUUCUUAAGUGCGGUGUUUUUUGGUGUCCAUAUGCUUAGAACUGAACAUAUAGCAAGAAGCACAAAUAAAAAGGACUUCGUAUCUCUCCUUGGAUAUGAGGUAUGUGUUGUUGCUCUCUGCUCAACAAUAUGGUAUUUUGUUGGAGGCUGUUCUGAUGGCAUCCAAGCUUGUGAUCCAUCAUCCUGGACGUGGACAAUGGUUUGGCAUUGGAUGGUAACUUUUCCUUGGAUACCUGCACUGUAUACAGGAGUGUUUUCAACUGGAUUAUGCUUAUGGAUAGAGAUGGCUGCCAUGCGUGAUGUAUCUGCGACAGAAACUGCAAUAAUAUAUGGGCUGGAACCAGUGUGGGGUGCUGGUUUUGCGUGGUUUCUCCUUGGUGAAAGGUGGGGUGCUGCUGGUUGGAUUGGUGCCGCUCUUGUACUUGUUGGAAGCCUUACGGUACAAAUAUUCGGAUCAUCAUCCCCCGGUGGGUCAAACGAAGAUGAAGAGAGAAAUAAAAAAGUUGAUCGCCUUAUGGUUUCAAAUAAGCAAAAUGGUUUCUCUACCUCUCCAGUUCCAAUCAGUUCUAGCAAGGAUCUAAUUAAUACAUUGAAAAAGUAAGGCCCUUUCUUCUUUAAAUUGAUUAUCAGAACUUUUUUUUUUUUUUUUUUUCAAUUU